AUGCCGGAGCUGGAGGAGGUCCCUGUGCCAGCGGAUGCGCAGGCACUGUGGGAGAGGAACGGCGGCCUGGAGCUCGACCCCGUGCUCGGCAGUGGAGCGGUCGUCCUGAUGGACGCGGAGUGGAUGGUGAGGCGAGCGCGCACUGGCGGCGUCCUCGAGCCGCGCCAGGCGUUGCCGCCGACGGCCUUCGUGCCCCACAGCGCCGUCAAGGCCGCCACGCCCUUAGACCUUGUGCCGUUGCUGCACAUCGCGUGCAUAUCACACUGCUGGCUGCAGGCGAACCACCCGGAUCCACGCGGGCACAACCUGCGCAUCUUGGGCCAGGCCCUGCAGCUGCAGUUUCACUAUGUAGUUCAAAUGCGCAGCCGCUGGUGUGUAUUCAUGGACUUCUGCUGCAUCCAUCAAAACUGCAGGGACCGCGAGGGCGUUCCCCAUCAGCGCACCUACCAGCGGCUCGAAGGCUCAGAUUCUUUCGAGGACGAUGCCCUCGGCCGCUUCGAGCUGGAGCAUCCUGGGGGCUUCUACUCCCACCCCGCCACUGUCGUCUUCAUGCUGACGCGGUUUCCAGAUGAUUACGGCGAUGCUGCAAAGUACACCCAGUCGGGCAACACGGAGCAGUACUUCAACCGUGGCUGGUGCUUCUGCGAGUCCUCCUGGGCGAUGCUGACGAAGCCGGCUGACGUAUUGGACCUCGGCCGAUCCACCGGAGCGGAGACCUACUACUACGAGUUGGUGAGUACCUGCGCCGCGGGGCGCCGGGCGCCCUUCCUGCCCGACGCCUUCGACGUGGAGCUGCAGAGCAAGGGGUUCACCAACGGCAAGGACGACCGUCCCCGGGUCGCCGAGCUCUACCGCUCCGCCUUCGCGCAGCGCUUCGAGGCCGCGGAGGAUCUGCUCUACAUUGGGCUGCAGUGGGGGGACGAGGAGGCGCAGCAGCUGGCCGCCGUGCUCGCCUCGGGCGCCGCGCCCCGGCUGGUGAGGCUCGACCUCGGCCGCAACCGCGUGGGCGACGAGGGCGCCGCGCGGCUGGCGGAGGCCCUGCGCGCCCCGGGCGCGCUGCCCCAGCUGCAGAAGCUCAACCUCGCCUUCAUGGGCGACGAGGGCGCCGCGCGGCUGGCGGAGGCCCUGCGAGCCCCGGGCGCGCUGCCCUGGCUGCAGUGGCUCGACCUCCACAGCAAUCGCGUGGGCGACGAGGGCGCCGCGCGGCUGGCGGAGGCCCUGCGCGCCCCGGGCGCGCUGCCCCAGCUGCAGAAGCUCAACCUCGCCUUCAACCGC